AUGACUCUGACAAAAUCAUUAAUUCCGAAAGCCAAAAAUGGAGUUGGUGCUUUUGUUUUUUCAUGUCGUAAGAUUGAAUUCAAUUAUUGUGAACGUAGCGGAAGUAGCUAUGGAAUGAUUAAAUAUCUUCAAAAUCAUUUAAUUCCUUUUGCAAAGAUAAACCCACAGAUGGAAAUUGUGGUAACACCUCGUCCAUCAAAACAUCCUCUCAUUACUGGAACAUAUCUGAACCUCAAAAAAAAGCAAGUUUGUGUUAAAAAUAAAAAUCCUGACGAAAUUGCAGAAAUUGUAAAAUUGAUACGUGAUAAUACGGGAGUUUCUACAAAAAAAAGGUUUAAAAAGCCAGUUAUUUCAACAACUAAAAGUAUUAGAGGUAUUUGGAGUCCAUUCCAUACUCGACCACAUUUAAUUUAA